UGAGAAGACUGAAGUCCUCAGCGAGGACCUGCUCCAGAUUGAACGGCGCCUGGACACUGUGCGCUCCAUGUGCCACCAUUCCCACAAGCGCCUAAUGGCCUGUUUCCAGGGACAGCAUGGGGCUGACGUCGACAGGAGACACAAAAAACUGCCCCUGACAGCGCUGGCUCAGAAUGUCCAGGAAGCCUCGACUCAGCUUGAGGAAUCACUCCUGGGGAAGAUGCUGGAGACAUGUGGAGAGGCAGAGAACCAGCUGGCUCUAGAACUCUCACAUCAUGAGGUCUUCGUGGAGAAGGAAAUAGUGGACCCUCUGUAUGUCAUCGCUGAAGUGGAGAUUCCUAACAUCCAAAAGCAGAGGAAACAGCUCGCUAAAUUGGUGCUGGACUGGGACUCGGUCAGAGCCAGGUGGAACCAGGCUAACAAAUUCCAGGGCCUUCCAUCAAAAAUAGAUACCCUGAAGGAAGAGAUGGAUGAAGCUGGAAAUAAAGUAGAACAGUGCAAGGACCAACUUGCAGCUGACAUGUACAACUUCAUGGCCAGAGAAGGAGAGUACGGCAAAUUCUUCGUUACGUUAUUAGAAGCCCAAGCAGAUUAUCAUAGAAAAGCAUUAGCAGUCUUAGAAAAGGCCCUUCCCGAAAUGCGAGCCCAUCAAGAUAAGUGGGCAGAGAAGCCGGCCUUCGGGACACCCCUGGAAGAACACCUGAAGCGCAGUGGGCGUGAGAUUGCGCUGCCCAUUGAGGCUUGUGUCAUGCUGCUGCUGGAGACGGGCAUGAAGGAGGAGGGCCUUUUCCGAAUCGGGGCCGGGGCCUCCAAGUUAAAGAAGCUGAAAGCCGCCCUGGACUGUUCCACAUCUCACCUGGAUGAGUUCUACUCCGACCCUCAUGCUGUGGCAGGUGAGUGCCAGGGUGUGCUUUUAAAGUCUUACUUGCGUGAACUCCCUGAACCUCUGAUGACCUUUCAGCUGUAUGAAGAAUGGACACAAGUAGCCAGUGUGCAGGAUCAGGACAAAAAGCUGCAGGAUUUAUGGACAAUAUGUCAGAAGUUGCCUCAGCAUAACUUUGUGAACUUUAGAUAUCUAAUCAAGUUCUUGGCGAAGCUUGCUCAGACCAGCGAUGUUAACAAGAUGACCCCCAGCAAUAUUGCGAUUGUGUUGGGCCCUAAUUUGUUAUGGGCCAAAAAUGAAGGGACACUAGCUGAAAUGGCAGCUGCCACAUCUGUCCACGUUGUCGCGGUCAUCGAACCCAUCAUCCAGCAUGCUGACUGGUUCUUCCCUGGAGAGGUAGAAUUUAAUGUGUCAGAAGCAUUUGUGCCUCUUGCCACUCCCAAUUCCAAUCACUCUCCCCACACUGGAAAUGAGGCUGACUCAGGUACCCUGGAGAGGAAGCGACCCGCCAGCAUGGCAGUGAUGGAAGGGGACUUGGUGAAGAAGGAGAGCUUUGGUGUGAAGCUAAUCGACUUCCAGGCCCACCGGCGGGGUGGCACCCUAACUAGAAAGCACAUGUGCCCCGCUUUCCAGCCGCCACUCCCGCCCACGGAUGGCCCCUCCUUGGCUGCAGCAGGCCCAGAGCCCCCUCCCCAGAGCUCUAGGGCCGAAGGCAGCGCAGGGGGUGGGGCGGUCCCCAACGCUGCAGGCAUGCCGGAGCAGGGGUCGUGCCCAGGCGAUGGCAGCCCUCCUAAACUCAAGGACACUGCACCGGUACCCAUGCCUACAUCUGUGCCUGCCCCAGGGAGAGGCAGCAGCCAGGUGGCCCCAGGCCCUAAUGUAGCCCAGCCCACCGCCAGCUCUCACCAGCUCUCAGUUGGCACCGUGCACAAUUCUGCUGGCCCCAGCCCUCAUACUCUGCGCAGAGCUGUUAAGAAACCAGCUCCAGCGCCCCCCAAACCAGGAAACCCACCUCCAGGCCAGCCCAGCACCCAGAGCUCCCCAGGAGCAUCCCCACACCCCCCCAGCCUGUCGCCCAAGCCCACCACCCGGAGCCCCUCGCCGCCUGUGCAGCCAUCCAGCGGCGCCCCCCGGCGCCCUUCCAGCAGCCUCCCACCCCUGCAGGCGCCGAGCCACCCACCGCCGCAGCCACCCGCGCCCAGCAAGGCCAGUGACCCUGGACUGGAGCCGCCGCUGCACACGCCCCCACACACCCCCACGCCCCCCAGCACCCCGCCCCUGGGCAAGCAGAACCCUGGGCUGCCUGCGGGGUUGGCAAGUAACCCCGAGACUGCUCCUCAUGCUGGGACUCUACCAAGACCAAGACCGGUUCCCAAGCCUCGAAACCGGCCCAGUGUGCCCCCGCCUCCACACCCACCGGGCGCCCUCUUGGCCGGGGACAACAACUCCACUGCACCCACCUCCUCCAAAAUCGUCACUGACGCCAGUUCUGUGGUUUCAGAUCCACCUCGCAGCAUCUUCCCCGAAAUGCUUUCAGAUCAUCCGGGCCGCAUCCUUUUAGAUAUGGACAAUGACACAGAAAGCACCGCCCUGUGAGGACAGCUCACCCGACCCUGAGCCAAGCUGACCUGCAGGCACUUCUCUGGGCAGACCCCCGCAGCGACCAGCUUGGAAUGGAUUUGAGGGCCACCACUCCAAGCCAUAUGACCUGCGUCUUGAAGAAUCAGCUUGCCUUCUGCAGGAAGCUAGUCCUGCCAAAAGACCAAGCAGGGCCCAGUUCAGCAGGGACGGUGCUUGCCUGCCACACCGACAUCUGGGGCUCAAUCCCCAGCAUCCCAUAGGGUCCCUGAGCACUGCCGGGUUUGGCCCCAAAAUAACAACAGAAAACUCAGAGCAAAUAAAAACAAAUACAUGCUGCAGGAAGACCGUCCUUGCCGGGAAAGCCACAAUGAAAUAAAUGAAAUUCCUACGUUCUGGGGCAAGAACCUCUUCAAGCUGCUUGGGCCUCUGGCUCUCUGCGACCUCCUGCAGACAUGGAGGAUCUUGUUUCUUCCCCAUUCAACACCAUCCCCCAACCGCCAGGUUUUUGGGGUGACUGCUGGAUCCGUCACCCUAGCAAACCUUAUGGGGCAGAAAACUUUAUAAGGCUGAAAUGGACCGUUCUGGUUUUGUCUUUGUUUUAGGACCACACCAGGUGGCACUUAGGAGUUACUGCUGGCUCUGCGCUUAGAAAUCACUCCUGGCAGGCUCAGGGGACCGAUGGAAUGCUGGGGAUCGAACCCAGGUUGACCAUGUGCAAGGCAAAUGCCCUACCCACUCUGCUAUCGCUCCAGCCCCUGAAAUGGUCUGACUGUUCUUUAAAAAAAAAAAAUACCAACAAUGUAAUUGCCACUGAUAUGGACCGAACUUUAUUCUAGUUUCAUGUUUAAUUGAAUUAAAUAUAUUCUGUGGUUUAUAUAAAAA